AUGAACAAUAAAACUGAUUGUGAAAUUGUUAUAUGGUCUCAACAAGCUACUAAAAUUGUUAAACCCAUAUUUUAUAUAUGUAUUCUUGCUACAAUUAUUCAUCUUUUAUUUUGGAUUCAAUUUAUUAUAUAUCCAACAGUUCGUCAACGUUCAAUGCAAUGGCUUUAUGCAUAUUUAGUAACUGAUUUACUUUUACUUACUCGAUUCUUUGUAUUUUAUGCUUAUCGUUGGUGGUCAAUGUGUGUACCUUAUUUUCUUCGUACUAUUAUGUGUUAUUGUGAAGCAAUCUUUGACAAUUAUCUUAAUCUUAUACAAAGUUAUAUUCUUUUAGCAUUAAAUAUUUGUCGUUAUUUACAAAUCGUAUAUAAUCAUAAUGUCUAUGCUUUAAAUCAUCGAUGUAUUAUUAUUGCUCAUAUUCUUAUUUAUUUCUUACCUCUCAUAAGUCAUAUUAUUCUAAUUAAGGGUGGAUGGUCAAAUCUUGAUGAUCCAAAAGAUGAUGCAUGUGAUCUUCUACCUACUUCAUUAUCUAUUCGACUUGUAUUUCUUUUAUUUUCAUAUGUUAUACCAGUUACUCUUGCAUUAAUCUUUCUUUUACUUAGUCUUAGUCAUAUUCAUAAUACAGAUGGUAUUCAAACACAACAAAUAGUUGAUGCACGAUUAAAAUAUCAUCGACAAUUAAUUAUACAAUCAAGUGUAUUCUAUUCUGUAUGGUUAAUAUUAUGGUCGCCGCAUUUACUCGUAUUUCCAUUUUACCAUAAGAGUACGACUAUUGGAAGUAUUGCACAAAUUUUAAACUAUAUUAAUAUAACAGUUGAUCCAAUAGUUAUAGCUGCACUUGAUAUAAGAUUUUUACAUAGUUGGACAUGGCCAGGUAAUUUUAUUGAUAGACGAACAAGACGACAACGAUCAGUACCUGUUCCAGUGAUAAUGCUUUCAGGUCCAUCGGAUGAAAUAAUUGAACAUAGUUCGAAUUCAAUGUAA